UCGUCGUCCUCUCCCUCCCAUCCCCAUCCGCGCCGCUCCCAUCCCCAUCCGCGCCGCCCGCCGCCGCAUCCUGCUGUCGGGACCAGCGAUGGCCCCUGCCGUACUCAUUUCCGCGGCGGCGACAGCUGCGAUGAUAUCGGCCUAUGCCAACAAGAUCACCGUGGUCGCAGGCGCUGCAACCAGCGCCGGCACGAUUGGAUGGAUGGCCGCCGACUAUUUCAGGAAGGUGCCCUGCCCUUCAUGCACCAAGAUGGUCAGGGUGCGGGACUUCAUGGAUCACGCGAGGAGCCACACCUUCCAGUGCCCCUCGUGCCAAGAGCAUGUCAAGUUCUCUGAUCUGGAGAAGCAUGCGCAACACCAUGGUUUCCGCUGCACAGCCUGCUACGACGUUGUCCCGCUCGCCGACUUCGGCCCUCACCUGGAUCGUCACAGGCGCGAGGAUGACGAUGAGAGAGCGAGGCAAGGCGAUGACUACGUUGCGAGGGUGCGUGAGCUGACCCGCGAAUACGAGGAGAGGACGAGGAAGAUUCAGCGAGCUGAAGAUGAAUUCAACCAGGCAAAGGAGCGAGCCAAAUUGCUGUGGUCUCACUUAAAGGUCAAGUGCCAUGUCUGCAAGAGAACGGUCUGCAUUGCAGAGAUUGAAUCCCACGUUGCUCAGCAUAACCUUGGUUUAAAGCCAAGCUCAAACAGGCGAGAUGAGUUAGCCAGCAUCAAGGGGAACACCGGGAUCAAGUCCAAAGAUUCAAAGAUCAAAGAACUUGUAAGUUACCUUCUAUUUUUGCAAGCACAUUAUUUGCCAUGCACGCAAGAGAGCACGUCCAGUUACUUCUUGUUGGUUUACCAAUUAUAUAAACAUCACAUUGUCGAGCCUGCUUCCAUACAAGUAACCAUUUCAUGUCUAUGUCUAUGGAACAGCGCUAAACGUCUAAAAACAACAGAAACAUUGUGCCAUGAAACUAAGCACUGCCUGAGACCUUGUUUCGUUUUCAACUUUUACAUCAUGGUCCUUUUGAUGACUGAUGCAAUCGUUGCAUUGGCACCUUUGUUCAUCAAGAAACAUUCACUGUUUUUCUUCACAUAG